GUUCUUUGUUCUUGUAGUUAGGUAGACGUUUGAGUCGAGCUGGCAAGCGGACCUGUCCCUUGGUUUUUUUGCUGGUUAGCAGUGCUGUUAGCCAGUUAGCUCCGACUGGAAGUUGCCUUGAUUAACACGUUGGUGUGUUUAUAACACGGCGUCGAAAAGUUUAAGAAGUUGUCUGUGUCGUGUUAUUUGAUGCUAACAAAUUGGGCUAGCUAUGGCCUGACAAACUCAAGCUAACGUCGCUGUAGGUGAGCAGGUAGCAGCAGCAGAAGGUUUGGUGAGUGAAGCAGCGUGUUUCAGGAGACUGGAAUAGUUAAAGAAGUUUGUCAACGAGCUGAAACCUUGGUCAACUCAACCUGCUCACUUGUAGUUAGCCGGUGCUAAUUUGCUUAUAAGCGUAUCUGAAGAGAAUGUUAAGUUAUUAAAAGCAACCUCCAAAUGUUUACAGCUUAAACCAGAGACAUGUAGAAGAUAAGAUUGACUUAUAAAUGUUGUCAUUUUAUCAAGGGCAUUGUUAGGAGGGUUUUUUUUUAACUGCUCAAACACACCCAAAGGUGUGUCUCUGGCCUGAGGACGUCACUUUGCCCAGGUCUGAGUCCUUGUGAACAAGUAUUACAACAUUACAACUAAAUUGUCAGUACAUGCAUGCUUUUACAGUAAGCUCACAGAGCAGCCUGGCCAACUUAAGCAAGAAGAGUUGAGAACCCAGUGUCUGCUGAUUUUAAUUCAACUCCAGAAGGCUGAGUGAGAAAGCAUGACAGCUGUGGUGGGCAGAGCUUGGGGGUGGUUGUGCUCUUGGGGCAGGAGUCCAGUGUCAGAGAAUACCACAACUGUGAUAGCCAAGGGCCAGGACCAUGGCUGUAGAGGCCGGGCCAUCAAGGGGUGGACCUCUUGGAUCUGGGGAGGGUGGAGACGUCAAAGUGACCAAAGUAGUUUAGCAGAGGAGUUCUGGGAGGCGCAGGAAAAGCUUCAGCCAAUGGAAAUUGAAGGUCUGGGUGCAGGGAAACAGGAGACAGAGCAAGUUUCUAGAUGGUGGGAAUAUCUGCCAAUUUCUUACCUUUCGUGGCCAAGAAAGGCAGAGAAAGGUGGACAAACACGAAGGAAACGUGAUGGUCGCAGUGGAGAUGUGUGGGACUGUGAUAUUGAUGGGGACUUUUCCGACUAUGGAACCCCUCCUCCAUCUCCUACACCUCCCUCCUGUUCGCUGACUUCUCCUUUUCGACUCUUUGCGCACAGCUGGAAGGUGGAAAUCCUCCCAGAGCACAAUGAGAUCUGUUUCAACUUCCUCCGCCACUUGUUUGACCUGUUUGUAGUUGGCUUCCUGUGGACUGUGUCCCCCCCUACAAAACUGAUCUUGGAGGUGUUGGGAGUCCAGGGAGCACUGAGGCUGUGGUUUCAUGGUAUGGCCAUGUUUUUUGUUUCCACGGUUGGAAUGGCAGGAUUACUGUGGUUGGUCCAGGAGUAUCUCCCUCAGUUUGCUCUGAUCUAUGGCAUCAUACAGGCACUGGUCAUCUCUGUCAGCGUUCGACAAAGUGUGAUCCUCAGCGUAGAGGAAGAAAAAGAAGAUGAGGAUGAGGAGGGCAAGGAGACUGAUGAAGUGAAAGACAGUAGGGAACAUGAAGAACAGCUUGUGUCUAUGAAGGACAAAGUGAAGACCAGUUAAAUUUAAGAUGGGGAGAAGCAGCUGUCUAUUCAGGAGUCUACCAACAUCAGUCCACUUGUAUCAGACUUCCUCCAAGUGUUUGACAUCACAGCAGUGGGACUAUACAGAGACUGUUUCACUGCACCACUGUGUUCUGCAGGGUGACUAUUGAAUUGUAUUGCACACAUUACCAAUGCAUAGUUUUACCUUUGUCACUUUAUGUUUAACACUAUUGAUCUGCAUUUUAUAGAGGUCUGCCCUCACUUGUUCUUAAUAUGGUGGAACUGCUAACUGUGGUGUCGGUCUGUUUCACCACCAUCUUACUCACUUAAGGUUAGAGUGCAACCGAUUUAUCAGUCAGCCGAUAUUAUCGCAGAUAUAUCAGUAUGGUAUCGGUGUACAUGUUUUCCAAUUUACACCGAUAUGAAAUUGGUUUUAGUGUUGGUAAUAUAUUGGUGUCACUGCAAAGUCUAUCCAGCAGAGUGCACUGUAAUUUACAAUACUGUGGCGAGCAGCACAGAGUAAGAGAGAAGAAGCAGCUCUCAGCAAUGUCAACUAGAAUUGGUUGAC